GGCGCGGGCCUGGCGCGGGGCGGGCGGAGGGAGAGAGGUGCGGGGCGCAGCUGUGCGGGACACCCGCGAGCUUUCCGUUUGACCAGUCGGCCAUCCGCACAGCAGAGAGAAAGAAAGUGGGCACGGAGGCGGUAGACACACCGCGCUGCAGGUUCUCUCUCAUGCCGCUAUUUCUCCUGACAGCCCUGCUUGGGCAUCACAACGUGUGAGAUUGCACCGUGGAGGGGCAGAUGGCCUUGAGCAGAGAGAGGUUCGGAAAGAAAACAGAAUUCAAGUGCGGACAUCUGUUUCAGUCCUGGAUACCGGGGAUAUGCCCACAUACACGCGUAUUUUAAUUUUUGUUGUGAGACCAGAUUAUAAUUUCGCCAUUUGUUCCUUAUUGAUUUUGUCUUGCGGUGAAGAGGAAGCUGCAUCAGAACCCUGCGCAUUCCGUGGGUUUCGGCUUAAAGCCCACACCCGGCCUUCGGAACUACAUUUCCCAGAACCGCAGGCGCACUUUUAGUGAGGCUGCGCAUGCUUACUGGAGGCGAAAAGUAACAGCUUCCGGCUAGUCGCGUGGCCGCGCACUGAGGAUCGGGAGGGUGGACCUGCAUGAUUUCUUCCUGGGGAUGCCAUGGCUGAAACCACAGACAGAAAUCAGAUUGAGAAACUUCUAAGCAGAGUAAAGGAACUGGAGCAGGAAGUGGAAAGACUUAAGAAAGAACAAGCCAACAAUAUAAAAGACACAAGUGUCAGAGAAAAUUCUUUAGGCUGUGGAAAAGCUAAGCGUGCUUUUGAUUUUAGUGCUCAUGGCCGUAGACAUGUAGCUCUAAAAAUAGCCUAUCUAGGCUGGGGAUACCAGGGCUUUGCCAGUCAGGAAAACACAAGCAAUACCAUUGAAGAGAAACUGUUUGAGGCUUUAAUAAAGACCCGACUAGUAGAAAGCAGACAGACUUCCAACUAUCACCGGUGUGGUCGAACAGACAAAGGAGUUAGCGCCUUUGGACAGGUAAUUUCUCUGGACCUGCGUUCUCAGUUUCCAAGGAGCAGGGAUUCAGAAGAUUCUAAUUUAAAAGAUGGAGCUGAUGAUAUUGCUAAAGAGAUCCGUUAUGCUCACAUUCUCAAUCGGGUGCUUCCUGCAGACAUCAGGGUAUUGGCCUGGGCCCCUGCAGAACCUAGCUUCAGUGCUAGGUUUAGCUGUCUUGAGCGGACCUACCGCUACUUUUUCCCCUGUGCUGAUUUAGAUAUUGCAACUAUGAAUUAUGCAGCUCAGAAAUACGUUGGCACUCAUGAUUUCAGAAACUUGUGUAAGAUGGACGUGGCCAAUGGCGUGACUAAUUUUCAGAGGACUAUCCUGUCUGCACAAGUGCAAACAGUGGCCCAGAGCCCAGGUGAGGAGGGAAGGCAAGGGCCAUUCCAGUUAUGUCAAUUUGAAGUGAUUGGCCAGGCAUUCCUGUAUCAUCAAGUUCGGUGUAUGAUGGCUAUCCUCUUCCUGAUUGGCCAAGGAAUGGAGAAGCCAGAGAUUAUUGAUGAACUGCUGAACAUAGAGAAAAAUCCCCAGAAACCGCAAUAUAGCAUGGCUGUUGAAUUUCCUCUAGUCUUAUAUGACUGUAAAUUUGAAAAUACCAAGUGGAUUUAUGAUCACGAGGUUCACGAAUUCAAUGUUACUCACCUACAACAGCUAUGGGCUAAUCAUGCUGUUAAAACUCACAUGCUAUAUAGUAUGCUACAAGGACUAGACUCUGUUAUGGUAACAUGCGCAGCAGGAACAAAGACUGGUGAAGCAACAGAAUGGAGAAACAUUCGACCCUCUGUCAUAAAGCACACUAGUGCCUUUGUAGAAGGAGUGAGAAUGCGCACAUAUAAGCCCCUCAUGGCUCGCCCCAAAUGCCAAGGACUGGAAUCCCGGAUCCAGCAUUUUGUACGAAGAGGACGAAUUGAGCACCCACAUUUACUCCAUAAGGAAGAAAAAAAAGCAAAGAGGGACUGUGCUGACAAAGAAGAAAAUAUUGUUUUAGAGAAUCCAACGAAGAGGGUUUGUAUAAUAGAUGCAGAAAUUAACAGCAUUGUAUAAUUCCAGGAAGCUAGCAUCUCUAGCAGGAUCCAGGGAGCAACAACGAAUUAAAAUUUUAAUGACUAGCAAAAGACCUAACAAGUUCUUAAAUAUUAAGGGUGUAUUCUUUAAUCCCUGUCCAAAAAUAUUAGGAAAUGAAAGACGCAAAGACCACUUGUCAGUUAUAUGCACCUGGAAAUCUGUGUUUUUCGUUCAAAUCCAUUAAAGCCUGGUCUACAAAUA